AAAACCUGCAAGUGCCGCUCUCCAAGUCUCUCUUUAAAGUUCAGCGGUGUGCGAAAGUGCGAGCCAAGUUGUUCAGGCAUGACUGACGCACUUAAACCAAAGGAGUUAGAAUGCCUGGAGUUUGCCCUGGAAGUUUAUGGCGGAAAUGAGAAAAUUAUCGAUUCUACUGACUUGGGGCCUGUGUGCAGAGCGAUGAACUGCAACCCCAGUUUGGAGCGAUUGGAACAACUUGGAGCCGCCAAAAAAAAGGGAGAAAAACAGCUUAAGCUAGCUGACAUCGUUCCCAUAGUCGUCACGCUGAAGAACGAGAGAAAGGACGAAGGAUGCUACGAAGACUUUGUCGAGUGCUUGAAACUCUAUGAUAAGAACGAGGAUGGGAACAUGAUGGCUGCCGAAUUGUCGCACAUGAUGCUCAGCUUAGCUGAGAAGCUGACUGACGCUGAAGUGGAUGAGCUGUUUGAAGACUGUCUAGGCGAAGAAGAUGACGAAGGCCAAAUCAAAUACGAUCCAUUUUUGAGACGAAUGUGCGAGUUGGACCCUCCGUUGAAGAAGAAGAAGAAAUAAGCACCAGACUGUAUAGGAGUUAGCGAGAAAUGCACCUAAUUUUCCUAAUCAACCUCGUAUUUAGAUUAGAACACCGGUUCCUAAAGUCUAAGUGUGCUUUCAAAUGGAUCAGUUAACAAUAAGCCACUGGUUAAUGUUAAUAUAACUCUUCUACAAAGUU